UCCAUAUCCCGCCCCAACAUGGCGGCGUCCAGCUACUUGGGUCAGCACCUGCUUUUGCUCAGCCUUUGAUCUUAGCCUCGGCGAGGUCGGUAGGACGAUGAAUGCGCCGGAUUUCACGGCCUCGCUGGUGGCUGGAGGGGUAGCAGGUGCCUCCGUUGACUUGAUAUUAUUUCCUUUGGAUACUAUUAAGACAAGGCUGCAGAGUCCCCAAGGAUUUAGCAAGGCUGGUGGUUUUCGUGGAAUAUAUGCUGGUGUCCCUUCUACAGCUGUUGGAUCCUUUCCUAAUGCUGCUGCAUUUUUUCUCACCUAUGAAUAUGUGAAAUGCUUGCUGCACACAGACUCAGCUUCACACUUCAGGCCCAUGAAGCACAUGCUGGCUGCCUCUGCAGGAGAAGUGGUUGCCUGCUUAAUUCGAGUUCCUUCUGAAGUGGUUAAGCAGAGGGCGCAGGUGUCUGCUUCCUCCAGGACCUUGCAGAUUUUUUCUACUAUCUUAAGUGAAGAGGGCAUCCAAGGACUGUACCGAGGCUAUAAGAGCACAGUUUUAAGAGAGAUUCCUUUCUCCUUGGUCCAGUUUCCCUUGUGGGAAUCCUUGAAAGCACUCUGGUCGUGGCGGCGGGGUCAUGUGGUGGAUUCUUGGCAGUCAGCAGUCUGCGGAGCUUUUGCAGGUGGUUUUGCAGCUGCAGUUACUACACCUCUGGAUGUGGCUAAGACAAGGAUCAUGCUGGCAAAGGUGGGUUCCAGCACUGCUGACGGGAACGUGCUCUCUGCCAUGUGCGGGGUGUGGCGCUCACAGGGACUGCGGGGGUUAUUUGCAGGUGUCUUCCCAAGAAUGGCAGCAAUCAGUAUGGGAGGCUUUAUCUUUCUGGGUGCCUACGACAAGACCCGAAGCUUGCUGUUAGAAGUGGGCAGGAAGAGCCCGUGA